AUGCGAGAAGCGGAAGUGAAGAUCGAGGGAGGGGGAGUGGAGGAAGGAGAAGGAGAGGAUGAGGCAGGAGGAGGCGGCGAGGGAGAAGAAGCUCCUACGCACCUGCCAUUUGCCCCGUCCACCGAGGUUUUGUUUGCUUCGUCUCUAUACCAGUGUCUCCAUUUUCGACUUCUCUCUUCUCCCCCGCCACCCUGUGUGUCUCGGAACUCAUACGUCGAACUGGGAAACAUUUCAAUUGGAGGUUAUGCUGAUAGAAUCUUUCAUGGCUGGAUUAAGUUAUUUCCUGGUGUUUUCUAGCUCCUGGUUGGUAGAGGUACGAUAUUGUUUCUGGAUUUUUGUGGGGUGUGAUGAUGGAAAAGGUGUGCUUGGGUGAUUUUUUCCCACGGUCUCAUCGCCUUCCCAUUGAUGUUUUCUUUUCCGUAUCAUCGAGCGGUUGAAUUCCAUGGUUAUGUGCGUAGGGAAAACAAUGGAACAGUUACAGUGGGGAGCGCCUUCAUUUCUCUGGGAAUAUGUUACUGUGCAUUUUCUUGUUGUCGUUAUUUCACAAUACUGGAGAAAAUCAAUGCUAAUGGAGUUCAGCUUCAAUCUCUCGACGCCCACGCCCUCUUAAUUAUCCUCAUGUGCUUUGGAUAACCGGUGCUUACAAUUAGAAAAGUGAUCAUGUUGGUAAAGUAAAAUUUGCCUGUCAAUCCAUAUGGGGGCUUUCCAAAAUUGUGUGCCUAGAUUGAAUACUCAAUUCUACUUCAGAACACGAGGGUUCCUUCUUUUCGGCAUUUCUACUAGGGACAGAUCAUCCCGUAAUGGCUGCAUCUGAGCGUGUCUUUCUAUCCAGAGUUGAAAACAAAAAUGUAUCCCGCUGGUUUUUCAAUUCGGAACCCUGUGUUGCUAGCUAAAUAUAUCGCACAGACACUUUAACGCCAUCUUCAAUGCUGCAUCGUCUUUUAGGAGCUGUUAUCUUUUACAGAUAUCAGCAACAACUGCGUUAAUCUUUCUUUUGUAGUUUUUUUAUUCCCUGGAUUCUGAUUUUUUUUUUCAAAUAAAAAAAUGCUGAUCCCAAUCUUACUUUCUAUCAUGCAGUUAUCUGGCACUUCUACUACAGUAGAUCCCAGCUAUAUUAUCUCUCUUAUACGAAAACUUUUACCUAGUAAUGUGAGGCCAGAAAUUUCUUCUGAAAGUAUUCACAAUGAGAAUACAUCUGUUGAGGAAUCUGAAGUAAGCCAUCCAGGAUUAUGUACUAAGGAUAUUUCUCUUUCCGCCUGGGGUGAUGAAAUGAUAUCAAAGAUUGAACAACUGCGAAAAAUUGGUGACAGCAUUGGAGUUUCAGGGCAUCCUGGACCGUUGGUAGUAGAAGAUGUUUGGGAAGACUGUGGCUGCAUUAUUUGGGACCUUGCUGCAAACAGAGAACAUGCGAAAUUCAUGGUAUCAUAUCUGCUCUCUAUUCUUGUUCUUUCCUAAUCAGUGUAUUAUUCAUUGUCAGUUAAAAUAUUUUAAUGAUCAGUCUUACCUAGAAUUUUCUGAUUUGAUGCCUUUGGUUGUUUUUGUAUAGUUUAAACACUCAUAUUUAAAUAUGAUUUGAACAUUGUUUUAAGAAUCUCUUCAUUCAAGGAAUCUUUGUAUCUCUUUCAAGAAGAGAUAUGCUAAGACCCUUCCUUUUAGUCUCUUUCCUCCCGCUAGUUGUUGGAAGGCAACUGCGUUUUUAUAAUGAUUUCUGAGGGUUUUAGUAUUAUUAAUCAUAUAAUCCAAUGUCACGAAGCAUUUAGAUGGUAUUGUGAUGCUUCAAUCCUUUAACUUUCAAUGAUAUAGAUGAACUUUCAUGCAAAAAUGUAGAUGAACUUUCAAGCAAAAGUGCGGCAGUUUAACAACUCUAAAAGAAAAAGCAAUACUUGGGCUACUUUUGUUUUAGUCUUUACAAUAAAAAAGUUUGAAUUGGAGGAACUACGAAUCAAAUAAGACUUGUUUUGGACUGCAAACAGUUACCUGCCAUGGUAAUUAUCGUUUUUUUUUAAAAUUCAUCUUUAAAAAUGUUUCUCAUUUACGUGUAUCAGACAUUUAUGUCAAUUAUUUUUUGAAAGUGUAAAGAAUUUUAUCGUUUUAUCCGAAUUAAUAGUUUCUACCUGUUGUCGUGAUGUACUUAAUAACCUGUAUAUUUUACAUGUCUACAGAUAUGUCCCCCUGUAUCUUUUAUUUUUCGUGUCUACAUCAGUAUGUCUAGAACCUCCUAGGGAUCUGGUAUAAAUACUGGAUCCCGCUCUCCUUGUAAGGUGAGUUUCUUGAUCAAUAAAGAAUUGGUUCUUCUUCCAAGAGUGCUGGGCGCCUAUCAGAGCUCCAGACCAUGUGUUAUCCCGACUACACUACCCUGAUCAUCUAACUUGGCGUAUUGAAUUCCUCUCUGGAUAGAAUCAGGUUUAAAUGUUUUUGAUCAGGAACUGAUACGCCCUACAAUGCAUUAAACUGACUGUAUUCAACCCCUUUCUGCUAUAUGUAAUUUUCUUUCUAAAAGUUUCAUUUCAAUCUUUUGAAGUAUUUUAAUCCCCAUUUGAAUUAUAUUGCUUAAUUGGAGGUCUGCUCAUAAUUUGGGACAAUUCAUUUGAACCAGAUAUAAUAACCCAUUUUCAAUAUGUGUGCAGGUGGAUAAUUUCUUACUAGAUGUGCUUUUAAUGACUCUUUCUGUUUCCAAGUCUGCUAGAGUCACAGUAAGCUACUGCAUACACCGGUUGCCUAUGUAACUUUAUCUGUUUCACACUGGUGACAUAUACUUUAACGAUUGAAGAGUGUAUUUUUAUUGUAUCAUGAUAUUAAAGCUAUUGUUAACGUUUUCAACUAUUUUCACACUGACAAAAGGAUUUCCUCAGCCAAUUUCUAAGAUAAAUAGCAACAUCGGAUUUACUCCAUUUAAAUUAUACAAUGUUUUUAUUUCUGUUCAACGAGAGACCAUAUCUAUUUUUGCCUUUUGAAAGACAAAAAAACAAUGCUUCUUAUUCCUGACAGUAAAAUCUAUGCAAGACAGCCACUGCGGAUGAUGUUGUUGAAUCAUCUCAACUACAACAAGAGCUGAUAAACUUCGUUCAAGAUUUUUUCCUUGGCACCUCUUCAUGGUUUUAUUGAUCUGUACAUUAUAAUUGCAAUAUUUUUUUGGAAUUUGUCUUAGUAAUCUCAAAUUUUUCCUCUUUCUUAUUUAAAGAUUUUUACAAUCCAUUUAAAUGUUUUUUGUCCAGUAUCAGUGUGCUUUUACAUAUGAAACAAUUCAUCAGCUAGUUUUUCAUGUGUUUCUAUUUUAUAGGAAAUUUGCCUCGGGAUCAUCGGGAAUCUGGCUUGCCAUGAUGUUCUUAGAAAUGCCAUCAACUCUACUCCUGGUUUGGUUCAAACUGUUGCUGAGCAAUUAACUCUGAAUGACACUGCCUGCCUUUGCGAAUUAUGCCGGUAAUGAUUGAUAAAAUGCUUUCCUUAAUGGGUAGUGUAGAUGUAUUGAUUUAGAACUGAGAAAUGCUAGAUGCCUUAAUUUUCGAGGCAUCUACUCCCUGUGACAAACCUGACACUAUGCACUUCUUGUUCAUCAAAACCAACAUUUCCUGCUAAGUUCACAUUCUACCAGCAAUUUUGGUGAUGAUGGCUGCAGUCGCAUACUAUUUUGGACUAAUGCCUCUAGUUCUGGGAUGCUGAUGAUUGCCCGUCUAGUUGUCUGAAAACGUUGAUAAUUACAUCUGGUCAGCUCCCCUUUCCUGUUGCAUUUGCGAAGAUUUAUGAGAGAGUAGAACAAUGUUUUGUGUGUAUCAAUGUUGGUGUACCUUACCAUCAUUAAAAUGUUACCAUAUUGAGUAGCGUCUAUGAUGCAAACGGAUUUUAGUCUUGAAUUCGGAGAUUCCGAAUUUUGGUAGUUUUAAAGUAAUUUACAUCAAUUUUCAGGUUGUUAACCAUUAGUCUCCAAGGCGAAUACUUUAUUUCAUGGGUUGAAGCGCUGUCCCCUGAGUAUGUUCUCCAGCGCGUUCUAUGGAUUGCAGAAAACACAUUAAAUUUGCAGUUACUAGAAAAGGUAAAGUUUGCAUUCACACGUAGGAUAUGUUAUAUAAAUAUUGCAUACUGUCGACCAUUUGAAGAAGUGUUGUAUUACACUUGGGAAAACAGUUUUCUGAAUGACUGUUCUUAUUAGUUUGUCUGUCAUCCAAAUUCACUGGUUAACCAUCGCAUUCGAGCUGUAGCGCUGUUUGUUAAAACACUUGAAAAUAUUUUUGGGUUAUUCUUCACCGUUUCUCUUGUCUGAACUAAAAAGUUUUCAUUUUUCUAUGAACAAUGCUGGUUUUCUGUGGACAGGUCAUGGAGCUAUUGUUAGCCGUUGUCAGUCGUGAAGAAGUGGCUAACAUUCUUCUUCCGUCUUUAACAAAGUUGGGGUUGUCAGAUCUUUUUGUCUCUCUAUUAUCAUGUGAGGUGAGCAGACAAAGAGAUGAGCACAAGCUUGAAAGGUAAUAAAACUUUUAUACAUUGAAUAAGCAGAAUAUGUUUAUCUUCAUUCCUGAGCCACAUCUCCUAGCUAUCCUAAAGACUCGGAAAAGUCCCUUCCUUUUUCUUCAGAUAGCAAUGUACUUCUUGUUGCAUCCAUUCUGUGCUUAGACUGAUUUCAUUCUUUUACAGAAAUAUGUUUUAACUACCUACAUAGUUUAUUCAAUUUUGGGGCCAAUGUGGAGUCAAUAUCAUAUUUAUUCAGAACUGCUUUAUUUUCUUGAUUGAUGUCAGCAUAUUCUUUAAAAUUUUGGAAUCAUGAAAGGAAUAGUAAAACACUACCAUGAUUUACAUUUUAGAAGUAUUUCAGUGAAAUAACAGGAUAAAGGAGAUAACUCUUCUUCCCAUCUGUCGCCUAAAAUAUAAACCUUUAUGAACCAAUAACAAACAAGUAUGAAUCAUCAAUCUUCAGUUUGGGCUAACCUACAGGUAAACAGGGCAUUGCGUUUUAAAUAAAGAAAGAAAUAAUCAUCCCACGAUACAAAAGAAGGACAAUGAUGUCUACUAAUGUCGCAUCAUCUUCCAAGGUUUGCCACUGUCCCAUCUAGAGAGCAAUUAGGAAACGGCUGUCAUGAUUAUCUUUGAAUAAUUGUUUAUACAAACUUUAUGAUAUAAAAACGUGGAUGAGAUUGCUAUAUAAACAAAUAAAUACGUGUGUAUACUAAUUACGAAUAUUUGAGAUCUAGAGAGAGGGUUAGUACAGUGGAGUGCUGAGAAAGGUGGGCGCUUUUCUUUUUCUUUUUGGGUCAUUACUCCUCUGGAAAUCCCAUCUUUUUCUCUACUUUUUCUCGAGUAGAUGAUAUCAUGGGUCAGACCCUCAUCAUUUCCCAAAAAUCAUCUCAGGGUAUCUGUUAUGGAUCUUAUUCUUCAAUCAAUUGAAGUACUUUCAACAGUCGACCAUUACUCGCAGCAGAUCUCUUCCAAUGAACAGCUCUUGAAGCUACUUUCUGGCAUUGUCAAGCAUCCUGACAAAGAUGAGGUAUUGGAAUUAUUUCCCUGAAAGUAUGAGCAUACUUAAAAUCAGCUGUAUCUCUGGAUAAUACAAAUCAUUUUCACCAGGUCGGCAGCUGUUGCGGAACUUCCGUGGUCAUAAUUGCAAACAUUCUCAUGGACGUGUCAGAUCUUGCGCUGGAGCUUUUCCAGGGUAUGAACGCCUCCAUUUCUCUUUAUCUGAUCAUCAAGAUUAUCAUUGGCCUGGACCAGACUCAGACCAAUGGAUCUCUGACUCACAUGAGAGUAACCGGGCUGGGCCCGUUUCCCUUUUUGAGCUUGGUAUGAACUCCAUUGCUUUAGCUGUUCAUCAAGAUUAUCAUUGGGCUGGACCGGACUCAGACCUCAUGAUCUCUGUCCCUACCAAGGGAAAAGCCCGGAAUGUGGGCUGUAGGCUAGUCCCUUAUUAGAGGGGGGAAAGGGCUACAGAAGGGCUCGCAGGAGAGGAACCGGGCUGGGCCCGUUUCCCUUUCUGAGCUUGGUAUUCAACCAGUCAGCACAGCUGGGCAGGGCUUUCGUGGAUCACUGUGGAAGAUAAUUUACUAAGUUGCCCAUCAAAACUUGAUUGUUGCAGAUAUCCCCUUCUUCCGAGGGUUGCUUGAGACUCUCCCUUUUGUGGCCAGCGAUCCACCAGCAAGGGGAGCACUGUGGAGCAUCCUUGCUCAGCUGCUCCUGCAGGUUAAGAAGAACACCACAAGCCCAUCAGCUCUGCAACCAUAUUCAUCGGUUCUAUCAGAGAAAGCAUAUCUGAUUGGAGACCACCUCGACAGCCUCUCAGUGGAGGAUCAUGGGGAGGAUUUCAACGCCACCAAGUUGGCUGUAUCCUUUUUUGGAAUCUCCAACAAAAAAAAAAAAAAAAAAAAAAAAAACCCUUCUUCAGGAGAAUAUCUCCCCCAUCUCACUCUCAUAUUUAUCUAUUAAUGGUUUUUUAUUUCUCAUUUAUUUUCUGCCUUUGACCUUAACAGACUUCUCAGCUGACCCAGAUCGCCACUACCUUGCAGGGAUCCAAGUCAUCAGUUGACAAUGAAAGGGUUGAAUCUUUGUUGUGUUACUGCUAUAAAUUCUCCACUUUCUCAUGA